CUCUCACCCUUUCAAAAGCAACUCAACUCACUCACAAACAAGUUCUAAGAACGAAGUACAGUUUUCUGGCAAUAACAUCUGAAUUGCCAGAGAAUGAUAGCCUCGAAACAGCCGAGGCAUUGGCCUCCAAUGUUUUAUGUCGUGGCAUUAUGCCUUUUAGCCACAAGUGUGCUUGCUAAUAAGCCUUACACUUAUUCUUCACCACCACCACCCCACAGCACAAAACAUUACUACAAUUUCCCACCACCAAAGCAAUCUGCGCACCCUCCAUACCGUUACAAGUCUCCACCACCCCCAUCACCCUCACCACCAUCACCAUAUGUCUACAAAUCUCCUCCACCCCCAUCUCCAUCACCUCCUCCUCCUUAUGUCUAUAAGUCACCACCACCACCUUCCCCAUCACCUCCUCCUCCCUAUGUCUACAAGUCGCCACCACCCCCAUCACCAUCACCUCCACCUCCUUAUGUCUACAAGUCGCCACCACCUCCAUCACCAUCACCUCCACCACCUUAUGUCUACAAGUCACCACCACCUCCAUCACCAUCACCCCCUCCUCCGUAUGUCUACAAGUCACCACCACCUCCAUCACCAUCACCUCCUCCUCCCUAUGUCUACAAGUCACCACCACCUCCUUCACCCUCACCUCCUCCUCCUUAUGUCUACAAGUCUCCACCACCCCCAUCACCUUCACCACCACCUCCAUAUGUCUACAAAUCUCCUCCACCACCAUCUCCAUCACCUCCACCUCCUUAUGUCUACAAGUCACCACCACCUCCAUCACCAUCACCUCCACCACCUUAUGUCUACAAGUCACCACCUCCUCCAUCACCAUCACCCCCUCCUCCAUAUGUCUACAAGUCACCACCACCUCCAUCACCAUCACCUCCUCCUCCCUAUGUGUACAAGUCACCACCACCUCCUUCACCCUCACCUCCUCCUCCUUAUGUCUACAAGUCUCCACCACCCCCCUCACCCUCACCACCACCUCCAUAUGUCUACAAAUCUCCUCCACCCCCAUCUCCAUCACCUCCUCCUCCUUAUGUCUAUAAAUCGCCACCACCUCCAUCACCAUCACCUCCACCUCCUUAUGUCUACAAGUCGCCACCACCUCCAUCACCAUCACCCCCUCCUCCAUAUGUGUACAAGUCACCACCACCUCCUUCACCUUCACCUCCUCCUCCCUAUGUGUACAAGUCACCACCACCUCCUUCACCAUCACCUCCUCCUCCUUACGUCUACAAGUCUCCACCACCCCCAUCACCCUCACCACCACCUCCAUAUGUCUACAAAUCUCCUCCACCCCCAUCUCCAUCACCUCCUCCUCCUUAUGUCUAUAAGUCGCCACCACCUCCAUCACCAUCACCUCCACCUCCUUAUGUUUACAAGUCGCCACCACCUCCAUCACCUUCACCCCCUCCUCCGUAUGUCUACAAGUCACCACCACCUCCUUCACCUUCACCUCCUCCUCCCUAUGUGUACAAGUCACCACCACCUCCUUCACCCUCACCUCCUCCUCCUUAUGUGUACAAGUCUCCACCACCCCCAUCACCCUCACCACCACCUCCAUAUGUCUACAAAUCUCCUCCACCCCCAUCUCCAUCACCUCCUCCUCCUUAUGUCUAUAAGUCGCCACACCUCAAUCACCAUCACUCCACCUCCUUAUGUCUACAAGUCGCCACCACUCCAUCACCUUCACCCCCUCCUCCGUAUGUCUACAAGUCACCACCACCUCCUUCACCUUCACCUCCUCCUCCCUAUGUGUACAAGUCACCACCACCUCCUCCCUAUGUAUACAAGUCACCACCACCUCCGUCACCAUCACCUCCACCUCCUUAUGUCUACAAGUCACCACCACCUCCAUCACCAUCACCUCCACCUCCUUAUGUCUACAAGUCACCACCACCUCCAUCUCCAUCACCUCCACCUCCCUACAUCUAUAAAUCACCACCACCUCCAUCACCUUCACCUCCUCCUCCUUAUGUUUACAAGUCACCACCACCUCCUUCACCUUCACCUCCUCCUCCUUAUGUCUACAAAUCACCACCUCCACCGUCACCUUCCCCUCCUCCUCCAUACCACUACAAAUCACCUCCACCACCAGCAAAGUCACCACCACCGCCUUACCACUACAAGUCCCCACCACCGCCAUCAAAGUCCCCACCACCUCCAUACAUCUACAGCUCACCACCUCCUCCAUUGAAGUCUCCACCACCACCUGCAUACUACUACAGGUCACCUCCACCUCCGAAGCAUUACUAAGAGCUAAUGGUUAUAGCCAUUUGAAAGGGUCGGAAUAACUUCUUGUUUUGGAUGUUAAUUGGGUACCAUUUCUUUUCAUCGUUAUUCAGUUCACAAACAAGUGCAUUUUUGUGCAUAAUAAGGGUCUAACAGAUCCUUCCUGUAUUCUGUUGUAAGAACUCAUUGUACUACUUGUUUAAAGAGCUUAAAUGAAAGUGAAGAACAUUAAUUUCUUGUA